GAGAACGUGGAGCAAUACAUGGACAAUUCGUUCAUUUCGAUUAGGCUGCGCGAGCUGAUUCCUGAUGACCCGCAGGAGUCGAGCGCGAACUGCGGCAUGGGUACGGAGAUAGUGAGAGCGUGGAGGCGCUCCCGAAAAAACAUCGCGCACGCGGUCGCGCACGGCUGCUUCUGCUUCGGCGUGGUCUACAUAGAGCGGGGGCACUACAGAAGUGGUGAUGCGGGUGGGCGCACCGUCGUCAUGCGUUACAACCAGUGGGCCACCGACAAUGCUCCCAUCUACGCCAUGAUCCGCAAACCCCGUGCAGACAAGUCGGUGCCGCGGCAGGCGUCGAGCCUCGCGCACUACCGCUCCGCGCUCCU